CCUUGUUGUUUAGAGUAAUAAUCGGGAGGGAAGACGACCUGGCCGUCAAUUUUGAUGGCCUUAAUGUUGGAGUCGUAACCCAGGAAUUUAUAUCGACAUUCAAAACAUCAGCGUCGUUGUCCUCGCGCAUUUCGCUUCGGAGGCUACUGGUUUUAAACGUUACUGUCAACAACUGCCCUUUGCAAAGGAAAGAGGCAGGCACCUCGACUCCCGUCUUGCCUUUGUUGUCUCAGGUGUAAAGCACAUGGUUGCGUGGCUUAACUCGGGUAGGGCUCAGUAAUUUGAGGCUUCGCCUAUCAUAUUCGCCAACCACCUUAUAAUAAGCCAUUACCACGCCAUUGAUUCAUCACCAUCGCGACCUAUUCAGCAACGCAAGUGGAGGUAAAGAGGAAGAAGAUAAUUCAAGCAUCAUGAGUUCACCAGCGACCGCUCUCCCGACAGAGCCUGUUCCGCAAGAUGGCAAGAAAAGGAAGGGUGUUGGUAAGGUCUUUUACCAAGUGAAGACCGUCUUCAAAAGAGGUGGUCGCUCGAAGAAGGGCGCUGUUGGUCCGACGGCGCCAGCUGCUGCCGUCAUCACCAGUGAACCCGCUGCUCCUACUGCGCCAACCAGACUUGAGUAUGAGAAUGCUACUAGGAUUCCUCGUAUCCAGGUUCACGAGGAGCGCGUGCAGAAACUUGGCUCCAGAUUUGGUCUAGAAAUCAAGCCGGACGAGUGGCAUUCGAGUGAGGGAGAUGUGCUCCGUGUUGAGAAAUCGGUCCGUAUGCGAAUUCAUCGGGAGUGCCAUCGGUGUCAUUCGGCCUUCGGCGCCGGUAAUGAGUGUCCCGGUUGCCACCAUAGGCGUUGCAAGAAGUGUACUCGAAACCCACCUAAGCAUACUGAGGAGGAAAGGCAGGCCAUCCGGGAAAAGAAAGAGGCUCUUAUUCGGAGGAACAAGCAGAUGGGUCCUAUCAUUCCAAGCUACGACUACUCGGAGAACAUUGUCUUGAAGCGCCCCAGGAAGGCUGCGCAGGAUCUCGUUUAUAAGGGCAAACCUCGUAUGCGCGUCAGAAGACACUGCCACAUGUGUAACAAUUUGAUUGCCGGCAAUGCAAAAGAGGCUAGAGUGUGCGACAAUUGCGGUCAUAGACGUUGCGAUGACUGCCCGAGAGAUCCUGACGGCAAGAAGAAAUAUCCGUAUGGAUAUCCUAAUGAUGCACCUGGUCAAACAUUCAAAGGUGUAUAUUCUUGUCACGAGUGUAGGAGGAAGUUCCCGGCGAAUACGGAGGAUGGAACGGAAUGUCGAAAUUGUUCACACAAGAAGUGUCCGGACUGCCCACGAGUUAAGCCGAAGAAGGUCGACCCCGAACCGGACCCCGAGAUUAUGGAAGCCCUACGAGCCCGUAUGGAGGCUCUGAAAACAGCCGAGAGCUAACAACUUUAAACACGCCCUAUCUUGAUGAAGAGCGUCUCGAAAACGCAAACUAGGCCCGACUAUUAUUCAAGAAUUGGCAUUGUCUUGCAUCGCCCAUCUUUCAGCAAAUUUCGAUCAU